AGCAGGGAAAGAGAGGAGGACAGAAGGAGAGGAGAGAAGGAGGGGGUUAAGUUCAACAAAUUCAAGGAAUUGCAGUUUGAUGGCGUUGUCGGAAGUUUCACAGAAUGGAAAACUAACUGGCGGGGGACCGACCAUAAAGGCGAAAUUGAUGACAAAUUGAUGCACCUAAAAUAAAUUCAAGGAUUCAAUUGACAUUUUUUUUAUUUUUAUGUUGGAAUGACGAGUUUAAAGAAGUUUGAAGACGGGGUUUGAAUGUAGGGGUUAGAAGAAGCUGAGGUUGCAUAUUUUGAAUUCACGUUUCCAGUGGAAACCGGGACGGAGGAAAAAAGUGGCGGACAGAAUCAGAAGGAACGAUGUGAGCCGAGACGAGCAGUCACUUCUAUAAUGUGGAUAAUAUUUUAAUCACUUUUGUUUUGCGCAUGGCCUUUUAAACAUGUUUCUUUUCAAGAGCGGGUCAGACGGAGGAAAACUUUGUUUAGUCCAGAAUGGGCAUUGACUUGCCAUUAGUUUUUUUAGUAACCUACUUGGAUACAGUCGUGAAGAAGAUACUUUGUAGCCGACCCCUUUCCCCAAGAAUGUCGGAUUUUUAGAGAGACGCAGUGAGCCAUUCUUGGACGCAACAAUGUGGCCAACUUCAAUGAUGGCUUAUUGUAACUUUAUUGCAACAAUUGCCAUGAUCGGUAUCCUUGUGGAUUGCAACCUAAAUUCAUUUUCAUUGUAUUUUGCAGUGAAAGAAAUCAAUAAUAUUUUGGCAUCGGUUAGACGAAUAAAAUCAAUAUCUAUUUGAUGGCUUUUUCAGUCGUUGGUAGAGAUUUUGAUCGGGUUUCCACUCGUACUGUGAAGCUCACCCAGGAGGACUGCAGUUUGGUGGAUGAAAGAUUGGAGCCCCUUUCUACUGACACGGGACAACGACUCGAACCAACGGACCAGUCCGGGGACAGGCUGCUCGCUCAAGCGCCUGGUGGUCGCCCCACAUGAAACCCUGCACUCAGAAUAUCCAGAUUUUGUGAGGAUUUAACGCAACAACCCUAAGGAAUCUUAUCUAAUCUGAUUUACUUUUGUGAGAUAACCCGCAUCCUAUCCUGUAGGCCAUGCUGUGCCUGUGUAAACUGUGACCAGGGCAGGUAUGCAGUUGAACCGACCGAAGAGCGCUUUGGUGACGAGCUUCAGCCUGCGGAUGCCCCCGGAGACUGCAGCCAGUAGGACUACCAGUACCGGUUCCUUCUCCAGCCAGUUCAAAACAAUGCGCUUCUCCUACCACAUCAGCAGCGGCAUUCCAAGUCCACAACCGCCGCUGCGCAGGAUACGCCCGUCCUCUUCCAGUCCUCGGCUGAUGACUAAGAGCCUGUCUCUGGAUCCUGGUGCUCACGGUGCCUGCCUCGGGGCCCAUGACGAUGACUCAGACACCCGGACCCCUCGCCUCAGCUCAGACCCCGGACCCCUAACCUCCGGGUCCCUGGGCCUGCACCCCUCCGUGCCCCUGCUGCACCUCGCUGGACACGGCUGUAAUGGAGGAGACCAUGAGAGUGGAACUCUUCAAGAAGUGAAGACACGCCCUCCCUUACCUGGUCCUAAACCACAAGUGCCCCCAAAGCCUCCUCAUCUGCAGCAGAGUGCUAGUGCUGCUAAGCCCCGCCCCCGCGUCCCGGACAAGCCCCUCCCGCCUCCUCCACCCUGCAGACCUCUGCCUGCAGACCGCAGAGGGGGAGGACCCUGCCGACCGCCGACACUCCCCCGCGCCGAUGGAAGCUCCUCCCCCACCACCUGUGUGCUCUCCCUCAUUGAGAAGUUUGAGAGGGAGCAGAUCAUUGUGGUGCCUGAUAUCACGGGAGGGGGUCUCUGCACCCCCAGGGUCCUCGAGACGGGACCAGGAGGGGGCCCCUUCUCUCCCCCAGCCUCAGAGCUCCCUCUGGGCUGUCUCCAUGUGGCCUGCGCCCCCAGGGUCCUCGAGACGGGACCAGGAGGGGGCCCCUUCUCUCCCCCAGCCUCAGAGCUCCCUCUGGGCUGUCUUCAUGUGGCCUGCACCCCCAGGCUCCUCGAGACGGGACCAGGAGGGGGCCCCUUCUCUCCCCCAGCCUCAGAGCUCCCUCUGGGCUGUCUCCAUGUGGCCUGCGCCCCUGGUUCCUCUCAGGAGCUGGAUGACCUACCUCAGGGGCUGGCUGUGUUGGCCGGCGUGGUGCUGGGAGAGAAAGCCGGGGAGAUGGACGACGUGGAGGAGGAUAAUGAUAAGGAACGUGAACUAGGAGCGUUGUGCUCUGCCUCUGACAAGCGCCUGUCCAUGGAGUCCGGCUAUAGUGCCUCAGAGAAACUCACAGACGCCGUGGAGAUAAGGGGGCAGGCGGAGUCAGAGAGCCAAUCAGGGAUCCCCUCUGACAACUUGUCCCUCCUCCAGCCGCAGACGGACGGCAAACUGGCCAAUCGGGACUCUGGCAUCGACAGCAUCAGCUCUCCGUCCCACAGUGAGGAGCUGUGUUUCGCCGGCGACGAGGACCGGGUCAUCUUCCCCUGUAGUCCCGCCCUCACACUGCCACGCCUCUCUAGCUCCUCCUCCUGCGGCUAUGCGGAGGGCCCGGGGGGAGAGGGGGCGUCGGCUGAGGGGGGGGGUGAUUCGGAGGGGGACAGUGACUUGGAGGAGGGGAGCGGGGACGAGACCAUUGAACUCAUCAACCCCAUGAUGGAUCUGCAGCCUCUUGCAAUGGCCCUGCCUCAAACAGACAGACAGGACUCUACGGAGCAGCGCGUGUUCAACAUAGCCAAUGAGCUCCUCCACACAGAGAAGGCCUACGUGUCUCGGCUGCACCUCCUGGACCAGGUGUUCUGCUCCUCCCUCCUAGAGGAGGCGCGCUCCCGCUCCUCCUUCCCUCUGGACGUGGUCAUGGGUAUCUUCUCCAACAUCUGCUCUAUAUACUGUUUCCACCAGCAGUUCCUGCUCCCCGCCCUGGAGAAACGCAUGGAGGAGUGGGAUUUGAACCCGCGCAUCGGGGACAUCCUGCAGAAGCUAGCCCCCUUCCUGAAGAUGUACGGGGAGUACGUGAAGAACUUUGACCGGGCCAUGGAGCUGGUUAACACCUGGAUGGAGAGGUCGUCCCAGUUCAAAGCCAUCGUCCACCACAUCCAGAGAGAGGAUCGCUGUGGUAACCUGACCUUACAGCACCACAUGUUGGAGCCGGUUCAGAGGAUCCCUCGCUACGAGCUGCUGCUGAAAGAUUACCUGCACCGCCUACCUGACGACCAUGAUGACUUUAAAGACGCACAGAAAUCUCUGGAGUUGAUCGCCACAGCUGCAGAGCACUCCAACACAGCCAUCAGUAAGAUGGAGCGUAUGCGGAAGCUACUGAAGGUGUAUGAGUUGCUGGGAGGAGAGGAGGACAUUGUUAGCCCUACUAACGAACUCAUGAAGGAGGGACAUAUCCUCAAACUGUCGGCCAAGAACGGCACCUCGCAGGACAGAUACCUCAUACUGUUCAAUGAUAGGUUAUUGUACUGCGUCCCUAAGCUGAGGUUGAUUGGUCAGAAGUUUGGGGUGAGAGCCAGGAUCGAUGUGGAUGGGAUGGAGCUGAAGGAGAGCAGCAGCCUUAACGUCCCCAGAACCUUCCUGGUGUCAGGAAAACAACGAUCACUAGAACUACAGGCCAGGACUGAAGAAGAGAAGAGAGAUUGGAUCCAGGCUAUCCAGGCCACGAUUCAAAGACAUGAACAGACGCUAGCGACAUUCCACCAUCUCAGCUGUUCUCUCCGAGACGAGGACUACACUCCUCCCAACUCUCCUAACUGUAGUGAGCUGGGGAAGCGUGCCCCCACUCCGAUCCGGGAGAAGGAGGUGACUUUGUGUAUGAAGUGCCAGGAGCCAUUCAACUCCAUCACCAAGAGACGCCACCACUGCAAAGCCUGUGGACACGUGGUGUGUGGAAAGUGUUCAGAGUUCAGGGCCCGUCUGCUCUAUGACAACAACAGGGCUAACAGGGUGUGUAUCGCCUGCUACAGCACCCUAGUGGGGGUUCCCCCCUCCCCCGCCAGUCUGACCAGCAGCGCUCACAGACGACGGUCGAUAUUAGAGAAACAGGCGUCGGUAGCAGCAGAGAACAGUGUGUUGUGUAGCUUCCUUCACCACAUGGAGAAGGGAGCAGGGAGAGGCUGGCAGAAAGCCUGGUUUGUCAUCCCAGAGAACGAACCACUGGUGCUGUACAUAUACGGUGCUCCUCAGGAUGUGAAAGCCCAGCGCUCUGUCCCUCUGAUUGGCUUCGAGGUAUCCCUUCCUGAGUCAUGUGACCGCCUGGAACGCCGCUUUGCCUUCAAAAUCAGCCAAUCACACCUUACGCUCUACUUCAGCGCCGACGGGGAGGAACUACAGCGCCGCUGGAUAGAGGUCCUAUCACGCGCAGGGAGAGGGGAGGGGCUACAGGCUCACGGUUCAAUCACAGAGGCCCUAGAGGAGGAAGGGGAGGAGACUGCAACCUCGGGAGAGAAUACGUGAUUGGUUAGAAGGCGUAGAAUCAGUAUUAGAUAAUCUGCUGUAUACACAUACAAACUACAAAAUUAAAAACUACAAACUACAAACUGUACAGAACAUGAGCAGCACAUACGCACAGUUUAAAACGUACAAACAAACACACAGACGUUUCCACACGCACACACACACAGACACACACCUCUCUGUAUUUAAUGUCAGUGAUCAGUCAGUUGCAUGAUAAUCUACAGGUCCGUUUCUCUCAGUCAGUGUAUUGCUCACCAUCUUGUCAGUGAACCAGUGUUUGCAACAACAACAAAAAAUGCCAGUCAAAGUAAAAAGUGUUGCUCCCCUCCUCCCUUCAGAAGAAAUACAUUAUAUGAAGAUGGUGUGUCAUAGUGAUUUUACAUUUAAUUCAUUCUGAGCACUGAACAGACAUCCUCCUCCGUACCAUUUUCCUCCGCCAAUAUCGAUGUUGAUGAUGUGAUGUUUAGAACAUUGAUUGGUUUCUAUGCUGUCUGAGUGUUCUAUGGUUCUGAGUGUUCUAGGGUUCUGAGUGUUCUAGGGUUCUGAGUGUUCUAUGGUUCUGAGUGUUCUAGGGUUCUGAAUGUUCUAUGGUUCUGAGUGUUCUAUGGUUCUGAGUGUUCUAGGGUUCUGAGUGUUCUAUGGUUCUGAGUGUUUGUAACUCUCCACAGAAGGCAGUAGAAGGCUGAUGAGACACUAUGGCUCUGUUUCUGUGUCUGUUCCUCCAUAUGAAAUAACUGUUGUUUGGAUGGUGAUAGGGAUUGUUGUGCUAUCCCUAUCUGUUACUUUCUUCCUAAUGCGAUGAGAUGAUUCCAGAAGGGCUGGACUGGACAGUGUUGGAAUAUGAUGAUGGACUGAGGGCUAACUGACCCCUGGACAGACAGACAGACAGACAGACAGACAGAGACUGUAGCUGGGCGCUAAAGACUGUCCCUGACUCCCUGGGCCUCUGGCUGAAGAGAAGAGGAAACAAUAUGGCCGCCUGCGGUAACUGCUCCCUCCCUCCCAAGUCUGUUCCUGGUUGUGUGAAGCUACAUAUGGGGAUCUUCAUUUGAGCCAGUUUUCUACAGCUGGAAUCCCGCAGCAACAGGAAAUGUGAAUUAAUGGACA